AUGGCUUUCUUUCCCCGCAACUAUUACAACACUGACGUCUCCUUUACACCGCUCUUCCAGCUCCUUAAUGAUUUCGACCACUACUCUCGACAAGGCCAGAGCGGUCGCCAUACUGGACUUGCCCAUUGGCAGCCCAAGUUUGACGCAUGCGAGACCGACGAGGCCUACGAGCUUCACGGAGAGAUCCCUGGCAUGAACAAGGAGGACGUCCAAAUCGAGUUUACUGAGCCACAGACAAUGGUCAUCCGUGGAAAGACUGAGCGGACGUAUACCUUUGGCAGCCGCCCUGCUGGCCUUGUCGAAGGCGCCACCAUGCACGGUGCCAUCACAGGGGGUGAGGGGGAGCAUUCAACAUCGCACCGGGCUACGGGUGAGGUCAAGCGCUCCCAGCAGACUGAGAAAGCUGAGAGGCAGCCCGACGAUAAAGCGAAGUACUGGCUCUCCGAGCGCAGCGUCGGCGAGUUCUCGCGCAGCUUCAGCUUCCCCGCUAGCGUGGACCAGAACCGUGUCAGCGCCAGCUUCAGCGACGGUAUCCUCAGCAUUAUCGUCCCCAAGGUUAAGAAGCACGAGUCCCGCCGCAUCAAUAUCACCUGA